AUGAGACGACACCACCCGCUGAAUGCCGUGUAUGAUACUGAAGAAGAACUGUUCUUAGGAACAUGGAACAGUAGAGGUGUUGGUGGAGUUGGCGUCCUCGUCAACACGAGUAUGGCAAAAAACAUAGACUCUUUCGAACAACUUGCGACCCGACUCGGACGUCUGCGGAUGAGAAGAUGUGGUCCAAUCCCAACUUUGGCUAUCUUGGCCACGUACGCUCCAACAUCAAGCUACGAAGGAGAAAAAGUGGAAUCUUUCUAUAUGGACCUAGAGAAGUUCUACAGAGUACACCACACUUUCUACAAGGUCAUUGUUGGUGAUUUUGGCGCCAAAAUUGGCCCCAGAAGAACCGCAGAGGAACUUCACAUAUCCAACCUCUAA